AUGAUACAAGUGCAACAUCAAGAUCGGCGUCUACAGCGCAUUAUAUAUCGCGAUUCUCCUGAUGAACCAAUUAAAACGUACGAGUUGACAACUGUCACGUACGGGACAGCAUCAGCUCCUUAUCUGGCGACAAAGUGUCUCCAGAGCCUAGCAGAUGAAGGGGUUUCUUCGUAUCCACGCGCAUCCAAGGUAUUGAAGGAAGACUUUUAUGUUGAAGAUAUGUUGACAGGGGCAAAUGACGUCGAAGAAGCGAAGAAUCUGGCGUCAGAAAUUGUUCAACUAACAGCAUCGGGAGGUUUUAAUUUGCGCAAAUGGAACUCCAACUCUACACAAUUGUUGGCUCAACUGCCGGCAGAACUAUUGGAUAGUCGGGCGACGUUAGAACUAGAUUCAUCAUCUUCUCCAGUUAAGACGUUGGGACUCCAGUGGGAACCACAGUCAGACAGAUUUCGAUACGAUUCUCCACACUGGAGCAAUGACACCGUUCCUACUAAACGCAUUGUACUUGCCGAAGCCGCUCGUCUUUUUGAUCCAUUAGGAAUAAUUGGACCCGUAGUCGUCAUAGCUAAGGUUUUCCUACAAGAACUGUGGAAGCAGAAUUGCGGAUGGGACGAUCCGUUACCAGACAGGAUGCAGUUGUUUUGGCAGGAGUAUAGACUGAAUUUGACUGCUCUAUCGUCGCUUUCUGUUCCACGGUGGAUUGGAUACCGGACCGAAUCAGCGAUGCUGGAAAUACACGGGUUUUGCGACGCGUCUGACAAGGCCUAUGGAGCCUGCAUCUAUACACGUUGCACCCUAUUGAAUGCAUAUCGGUAG